UUAACAUUGCGGUUGGUGCUUGUGUGUGUUGGAGAGAUUAGGACGAGACUUGAAUAUUUAUGAGCUUUGCUUGAAACUGACUCGCAGUGUUUACUUGCCUCUUUGUUCCUUACCCCCUCCCUCCCUCUUCCACACACACUCACGCACAUUUUUUUUUUAAAGAAAAUCCAUUAAACUUGAAACAGUUUCUAAUUCCUCCUUUUUGGGGUGAUUUUUUUUAUAGAAACUAGUUGCACAGAUGAAGCAAGAUCCACAGAACGGUGAUCUUAAGAAACAAAUCCAUGAAAGGCAAUCAAGAAUAGCAGCUCUUAAUGAAAAACAAGCUUUGGGAACUAUCACUGCAGUGCCCAUUAAAGUUCCUCAGGUCAGCUCCUUGCAGAGGUUGGCAGGACAAGGACCAGCAGUGCUACCUCAGGUUAGGCCAAAGACCCUGAUUCCAGACAGCCUUCCUAUUUCCCCAUGCAGAGACCAACCUUCCAAACAGCCUCCUACUUUCCAAAAGGCAACAGUUGUCAGCAUCAAAAACCCUAGCCCUGCCCUGCCUACUGCCAAUAAUACUGUCAGCCAUGUACAGACACCCAACAGCCAGUCACAAAGUGUUGCUGAGUCUACAUCUAUCUCAUCACCUCUGAGCGGUGCUGGUGUGGCCUAUGCUAUUAUAUCCACCUCCCCCAACAAUGCAACACCUAUCAGCACAAGCACUACCGUCUCUAUGGUCAACGAUAGCAUUAAAGUGCAACCACUCCUCAUUAGUACUGACAACAAGGUUAUCAUUAUUCAGCCUCAAGUCCAAACCCAGACAGAAAAUAAAGUGGAAACAAAGAAACCUCCUGAAGAGUCAUCUCAGGGACCCCCUGCUACCAAAAAGAAAAAGGAGGAAAAUCCAGAGAAAAUUGCCUUUAUGGUAGCAUUAGGCCUAGUUACAACAGAACACUUGGAAGAAAUCCAGAGCAAGCGUCAGGAAAGAAAGAGAAGAAGCACAGCAAACCCAGCCUAUAGCGGACUCUUGGAAACUGAGCGGAAACGCCUUGCAUCAAAUUAUUUGAAUAACCCCUUGUUCCUUUCAGCGAGAGCAAAUGAGGAUCCAUGUUGGAAGAAUGAAAUUCACCACGAUGAACACUGUACAGCAUGCAAGCGUGGCAUUAACUUGCAACCAUGUGGUACAUGUCCAAGAGCAUAUCAUCUCAACUGCUUGGACCCUCCUCUCAAAACUGUCCCCAAAGGGGUUUGGGCCUGCCCAAAGUGCCAACAAAAGGUAUUAAAGAAAGAUGAAAACGUGCCAUGGACUGGAACUCUGGCUAUUGUUCAUUCCUAUGUUACUCAUAAAACAGUCAAAGAAGAAGAGAAGAGAAAAUUGUUAAAGAAAGGCAGCGAGCUGAAGAGUGAACAUAGACAGUUAGAAGAGAAAGAGAGACUGCUCAACAAUGCAGUUAAAAAAUGCUUAGAGCUCAAAAACAGCCUGUUGGCCCAGCAGAAAGGGACUCAGUCAUCGCUGGAACGUCUCAAAACUCUCAUUAGACUGAUACAAAAUGAGCAGAUGAUUCAGGUUACCAUGACAACAACCACCACCUCCUCCCUGCUAACUGUCCCCUGGAUCAAACCCUCAUCUGCCUCUGCUGCCAUGCACAAAGCGUUGCAGCAAUCACAGGGUAACAACUGACAGAGCUGUCUGGAAAAAAAUGGAAAAAAAACUUUAUACACGCGCAAAGGAGAGAUUAAACCGAAACAAAGGGAAAUGAAGGAAACAAAAAACAAUCUCAUUUUUGACAUAUGUAGAACUUAAACCAGUCAGUCCAGUUUGUAGGUCACUGUGGCAGCAACUUCCCACAAAGCAGAUUUUGCUGCAGUUCUGUAUUUGCCAAGACCUUCAGUGCUAAAGAGAUUUGUUUUUGUUUUGUUGGCCUUAAUGUAUUUAUGAAUGAGAAGGAAAAGAAGAAGUAUGGCUGAUAGAAAGUGAAGUAUCCUUUUUGGAGGGCAGACAAUUUUACAUGUCUGAUUUAAAGGGAAAAAUGUUAAAUACAAAGGGUUAGGAAACUAGUAGGGAGGUAGCUGGGCUUAAAGCUCUUGGCGGGAGGAAACUGGUAAUAUAAAAGAACCGGACCUACUUAGGACUUGACAUGGAUUCUUAGCAAAGUGAACAGGUCUGCCUCACUGAUUCAGGUGAAAUGGAAAUGGGCUGUUUGACAGGAAUGACGUCAUGGACGCUCAUAGAGCCUUUAAAACAAAAAGAUCAUUUUUUUCAGUAUUAUAGCUGAAUUGCAGAUAUUUAAAUUAAAAAACUGUAUGAAGUUAGCAUUUCUAGUAAAAUAUUGAAGUAUUUUCAUGCUGAUGCUUCUGUAUAUGCGUUCUGAAGUAUUUAAAGAGGUAUGACUGUAAAACUCCUUACUUUUUUGCAGGUCCUUUUUACUUAUUUUGCUAUUGAUGUAUUUUUCUCAUGGAGUUUUUGUGCAAAUUUUAGCAUAAACCAUAUAGUGGAUAGCUUUGGCAGGUUGGGUUAAAUUUUUUUUGUUAUGUUUUGAACCUAUUUUUUUUAAUAAAAGCAAAUAAAGAUUGUUUUUUUUUCUUUUCUUGCCAGUACAGAUAAUAUGCCAAAAAUAAUUUUACAUUUUUGUACUGCAUUUUUAUUGUAAAAAUAGGUAACAUGGAUAAAAGCUGGUGGGUUUUUUUGUUUUGUUUUGUUUAUUUGCAGGAAUAUCUGCAAAAAUGGUACAGGAAAAAAAACUGCCUCAAGGGGUUGUUUAUCAUAUUGGAUAAUAGCAAGAAUUUUGGGGGAGGGGUGGUUUGUGGAAAAUUAAGGGUUUGCUGGCUUUUUGGAAACUCGAGUCCUUUUUAAAAUUUUAUUGAUUUGUAACACAUUUGAAAAUGUUUAGCAUUAGUCUGAGAAUAUCCUAGAGCUCCUGCUUGUUUCACUAGCGAGUCUUCCUGAUACUACAAGGGUCAGUCUGGCGCCUUAGUAGGUCACAGGCCUAUAAUGUAAUCCUGAGGCCUAGCUCAGAAGUUAGUGAUGGGCAACCCCUUUUCCUCUAACAAUGCCGAGUUUCACACAACCACUAAUUCCAUUCUCCAAGCCUUUAGCUACGUAGCACAACAGGUAUUAAGUAAAACAAAAGCAAGGAACCACUGGAGCAUGACACAGCUAGUCUCUCAUAUCAGCAUAUGACAUGGUGCCGAAUGUGAUUUUUUUUUUAAAAUGAGGGACUGGCCUUUUCAGUUGCCCAUCACUAGGCAGCACAUGGUCCCUUCAACCAUUUUCACAACUCCGGGAGAAACUGUGCAGUACUAUACAAAUCUAUUUUAAUACACUUAACACUCAGUUGAACAAGAUUUUUAUAUUCUUUUAUUGAUGAACAAAGUGAACUAAGUAAAACACAAUUGUUAUACAUUGAUUAUUGUAUGCCAAUUAUGCAUUCUAAUGUGGCUUGCAACGUAAGUGUUUUCAGGUUUAAUGUUUUUUUUUUCUUCUCAGACAAAUUAAAAAAGGAAAAUAUGGAAGGUUGAACAUGUGAAGAAUUUCUGAAGACAUGUCUUGGACUGUUAAAGUAGUUAUUUUGAAAAGGGGACUGUCCAGUGGAUAGUGUGCAUAGAAAAAAAGUGUUUGUCUUAAAUAUGCCAAUGUAGUUUUUCUUCUUUAUGAUGCAUUAAACUUGACUGACAAUUUAAUAGUGGUGUG